AUGCCAGAUUUGGAAAUCAACGGUGUUGAAAUGGAGAAUGGCGUUGGAAGAUCAGACAGUCUGAAAGCUGAAGAAGCUAAUGCUCUACGUGAAUGGGAUCCGAAACAUCUACUCAAAGCACUCUAUGAGAUCUCUUACGAACCAAGAGUUGAGACAAAACGCAAUCGUUUCGUCACAAUGGAAGGCCACGUUGAGGUUCCUGCUGAUGAGGUAACGAAAGCAGAUGGGCUGGACAACGAAGGGUGGAUGAAACAGUACAUCAGAAUGAAGGAAGGACGUCUCCAGAUCUUCGCAAGUCACUACGCCGGCGAAGCUGCAGCUCAAGAACUUGUUUUAUCUGGAGCUGAUGUCGAUGCAAACAAGGAUGAAAGAACAUUGACGAUUCAUGGAGGAAGGGAACAUGUCAAAUAUUACUGCAGAGUUCCAUCAGCAGUGUUUGAUAAAUGGCGUCAAUCGUUUCUUUCACAUUGCGCAUCUUCUUUGAUCGAUGCAUACGUGAAACCAAUUCCCCGUGCCUUCCAGCAUUUGACUGAAAGAGUUUUGAUCCUCGAAUUGGGAUCUUGUUCAAUCAGAGCUGGAGUCCUUACGACUGAACCAUCACUUCCACAAGCAUUCUUCCCAGCAAUUGCAGUUCGAACUGAUGAUGGAAAGAUUAUUGUUGGGGAAGAUGCCUACAAACCUGAAGUUCGGCACAAUGGAGACUUCGUGAGACCAAUUUCAGCCACAGACCCAUCAGUGGAGAGAUAUUCAAUUGAUAAAGAUGUUCUGAAGGCAGUUAUUGGAAAAAUCACAAAAGAACUUAAAGUGGAACCAUGGAAGUAUAAAGUUCUUCUUUCAAUUCCACAAAAUAUUCCGACUGUUUUGAUCGGAGAGCUAUUGCAGAUCUGUUUGGAAGAUAUCAAGUUCCAAGCAGCAGCAAUCACUCGUCAACCAUCACUGAUUCUUUAUGCUUAUGACGUCACAACUGGAGUUGUAGUUGAUAUUGGAGAGCGAGUUAACAUUGUUCCAGUAAUUGAUGGAUAUGUCGUCGAGUCGGCAAUCUGCUCCAUUCCGUAUGGAUCACAACAAAUGGGAGAUUCAUUGAGAAGUUCAUUGAGUGCUCACAAUAAAGGAUUGUAUGCAUUCCAGAGUCCAGUUGAGAAACUGAUUCUGAGAUUUGCAUUAGAACAGACGACAUAUGUACCAGAGGAUUACCAAAAAGAAGAGAAAACAGAGAACAAAGAGGCUAGAAUUUCACUGGAUGCAUUCACACCAGUUCCAGGAAUGCAGACGAGAUUCGAUAUUGACAAUUCUCGAUUCUUAUGCACAGAAGGUCUAUUCAAGCCAAAGAAGUGGGGACUUGACACCAAAGGACUUCAUCAGCUCAUUCACGAAGCUAUCUUACAAAGCCCAAUUGAUAGUCGGAGGACUCUUUACAGAAAUAUAUACUUGGCUGGUGGUGCUUCUCUGAUGCCCGGACUCGCUGAAAAACUUGAGCAAGAACUCUCAACCGUUGUUCCAAACACGAUUCACACACAAGUCAACAUCAGUCCGUGGCGGUAUAACGCAGCAUACCUCGGUGCACAGAUCGUCGCAUCAGCUUCAACAUUCGAAGACUCAUGUAUUUCCCUACAACAGCUACCAAAAUUCUUAGCACAGCUCCAGUCAUCUUCCUUUUAA